AUGGAGAGUUACACAGGUGCAGACGGAGGAGAGCAGUUACUACAGUGCGUCGGAGGGAGAAGAGGUAGUCAGGAGGUGAGAGUCCACAGUGCAGACGGAGGAGAGAGUACACAGGUGGCAGACGGCGGGAGAGUGUACACAGGUGCAGACGGGGGUGAUGAGUACACAGGUGCAGACGGGGGAGAGUUGUUACACAGGUGCAGACGGAGGGAGAAGUACACAGGCUUGCAUGCCGGUAGGAGAGAGGUGUCAGGAGGAGAGAGUCCAACAGGUGCCUGGUCGGUGAGAGAGUACCAUGUGCAGAUCGGGGGAAGAGAGUACACGGUGCAGAGGGGAGAGUGUAAACAGGUGCAGACGGGGGAGAGAGUACCAACAGGUGCUGACGGAGGAGACGUGUACACAGUGCAGAAGGUAGGAGAGAGGGUGGUCAGGAGGAGAGAGUCCAAGGUGCAAGACGGAGGGAUGUGA